AUGUCACACACAGCCUUCUUCUACGGCACCCUCAUGGCCCCACCCGUCCUGCACCGCGUAAUUUGGGGGAGUCAAACACCACCCACAUCCGCGCAUGCCUCGUUACUCUCUAUCCGCCCUGCAAUUUUGCAUGCAUAUCAGCGCCGCCGCGUCAAAGGCGCAGACUACCCCGCUGUCGUAGCCUCGACCCAGAACAGCGAGGUCCGCGGGACGCUGGUCGAGGGCCUGACGGAUGGAGACAUCUGGCGCCUCGACAUCUUUGAGGGCAGCGAGUACGAGCGUCAAUAUGUCAAAGUGAAGGUUUUGGAGAGUAAAGGGCGUGCUGGCGAUACUGAACAUAAAGACGUAGAGGGUGAGGAAGUGAGCGCGCAGACGUACAUCUGGAUAGCAGGGAAGCAGAGGCUGGAGAUGGAGGAGUGGGACUUUGAUCACUUUGUCAAGGAUAAGAUGAGCCGUUGGGUCGGUAGGGAGGCUGCAGAUGAGGGGUUUCGGGAUGUUGACGAUGCUGUUGCGGAGCUUGGAGACCCUACGGGUGGACGGGGUGUCAACGGGGAUAUUUCGAGACAGCUCGAAAGUGGUGGCAAGGCCAAGGAGGUGCUCGGCAGCGCUGUCUGA